UUCCUCAACACUUGAAAUACUCGACCAAGGACGGCGGCCGCCGGGUGUCCAACCUGCCGUGGGGACAAGCGAGGCCGUCGCGCCUCCACCCACUGCGAAGAUGGCACCCCCUUCGCAAGCCACGACGCAGUCGUCCGCCAAUGCCAAGACCACUACUGCUGCUGCUGCUACUGCUGUCUCGGCCAAGGUCGAACCGACCGAGACGCCAGAGGUCGAUCUAUCGGAAAGCGACGACGACAGUUUUGCGCAGGAUGAGGACGGCCCCUCGACAUCAGCCUCACAGGCAAACGGCACAAACUCGGGCGAAACCACUGCAGUGCCCCUACAGAAGAGGCGCAGAGUGACGCGGGCCUGUGAUGAAUGCCGACGGAAAAAAAUCAAGUGCAACGGCAAGCAACCAUGCACGCAUUGCCAGGUGUACAGCUAUGAAUGUACUUAUGACAAGCCUUCAAACCGGCGGCGAAAUCCUGCACCACAAUAUAUAGAGGCCUUGGAGAACAAGCUCAACCGCGCCGAGACGCUACUGCGUCGCUUCAUUCCUGAUGUCGAUCUCAAUGAUCCAUCUCUGGAUCCUGCCGUUCAGCAAGAGUUUCGGAUGCGUGAGCAGUCUAGACUGCAGGCCGCCGCGAUAAAGAAAUAUGCGCCUUCGAUAGCCUCAAACAAAGAGGGCGGCCAAUUGAGCUCCAUGAUUGACUCCGUUGGCCAAUUGGAGCUGGGCGAAAAGGGCGAAAAUGACUUCCACGGGAGUGCUUCUGGCUCGGUAUUCUUCCGGCGUAUGAAGGAUCACUUCCGCAACGUCCUGGGUCGUGAGCACAAGAUGCCGAACAUGCCCCGAAACAUCCGACCAGACGGAGUAUCACAUCUCGACUCACCUCGCUCAGUGGCGAGCUCACCAUGGGCGGGAUCCAGCAGCCUACCAAACAUGUACGAUUUACCACCCAAGGCGACGGCGCUCGCGCUGUGUGCCGAGUCUCUCAACAACGCAACAUGCCUCCUGCGUAUUGUGCAUAUUCCGACAUUCUACGAAAUGCUUGAUAAUAUCUACGCCAAGCACCCGGACACGUUCGAUGUGGAAGAUCAUCGCAGCCUUGCGUUAGCAUAUUCUGUCAUGGCGGUAGGUUGUAUGUACAAUGUUCCGGAUAAGAUCUCCGCCGGCGCCAUGCCAUAUCAAGCGGCAAUGGAUGAGGGGCUCAAGUACCAUACAUCAGCGCGAGCGCUUCUGCAGGACAUUACCGAAUGUCGAGACUUGACUUCGUUGCAAGCUCUCCUUUUCAUGAUUCUGUUUGUCCAGGCUAUCUCGAAUCUCAGCACAUGCUACGGCUUCGUGGGGAUAGCGCUCCGCUCGGCUUUGCGGAUGGGUCUGCAUCGGGACAUUGGUGACGCAAGUUUCGGACCGAUCGAGAUCGAAACAAGAAAACGGGUCUUUUAUGUGUGCAGGCAAAUGGACACAUACAUCUCGGCGCUGCUAGGCUUUCCCCUCCUCUUGAACGAAGACGACAUUGAUCAGCCCCUGCCUAUCACGGUCAACGACGAAUACAUCACAGUAACCGGUAUCCUGGAGCCGCCUCCCGGCACCCCGUCAUUUUUUGAGGCUUUCAACGCCCAUGUAAAGCUCAUGGACAUUCUUGCCAAGAUUGUCAAGAACAUAUACCCUGUCAGAGCUGGGUCAGUGGUCGGAUCCGCGGAGAAAGCAUCACAUGCGUCUUUCAUGAUCAGCUAUUCCAAAGUGAGGGAGAUGGAAGAAGCUUUACAGCAAUGGAAUGAGCAGCUUCCGUUAACAUGGAGGCCCAGUUCGGAUGGCCCCCCUGAAGUUAUCCGUGUUCGCAACCUCUUGCGCUUUGCAUUUGCCCAUGUACAGAUGGUGUUAUACAGGCCAUUCCUGCAUUACGUCUCGCCCAAGGUGGCAGCCGAUAAAGAUGUGAAACGCGCUUAUGACUGUGGCGCGGCUGGCAUCAGUGUAGCGCGCAAUAUCAUCCACUUGGGUAUCGAGAUGAGGUCGCAAGUGUCCCUGGUCGGACCGUAUUGGUUUACGCUCUUCACAGAGUUUUUCGCCAUCAUCACCCUCAUCUACUAUGUCCUUGAAAACCAAGACAAACCCGAAGCCAAGGACUACCUUGCCGAUGCUGCAGCAGGCAAAGAUAUGAUCAGCAGUUUGGCUCGUAGGAGCAUGGCUGCUGAUCGUAUAUCUGACGCCUUGGGUGUUCUCUUUGAACAGCUGCCGGAAAGCCUCAAGAAGAUCAAGUCGAAAACAGUAUCGAAGAAACGAUCUGCCGCCGAGGCUCAAACAUCCGAUAUCAUAUCGACUGCGUCCCAUUCACUCCAGGCGGGUCAGGGUCCCCGAAGCGUGGCAGGUCCAGCAAUACUGCCAAAGGCUGGCUCCUCGUCAAUGACCCCGGCUAUUGGCACGAGCGAAAGUAUGGCAGCUUCGUCACAAGGGCUUGGCUUCGACAGUCCAAUGUUUGGGGCGCCGGACUUCAACGAGUCCUCCUUCGGAUCUGAAUUCGAUUUAUCAUCAUUGGGCCCAGCCGGUCUUUCCCCCGAACACAUCGCCGCGAUACGUCAAUCCGGGUACCUGAAUCUCCAGCAGCCAAUGGGCGCCAUGCCGAAUCCGAUGCACCGGCUCGACAACAUGCUCUUCUCUUCUGGCGACCCGAUGGCCUAUCCCAGCCAAGCGAGACUUGACUUUGCGGACCCCCGUGCGGCUUUCCACCACGGGGCCGCGAGCAUACCGCACCAGGGCCCCUCGCAAUUCUACGUGCCGAACCUCUACGAUAAUAUUGAGGGCCAGCUCAUGGGCCCGUUGCCGCCUUACAUGAUGCAGGCCGCAGCUCAGCCUGCGUUUGACUUUGCGACACAAAUGUACAACGACCCGAUGCUGCCAGUACAGCAGAUGCACGUCCCUCGACCGCAUCCCACCCAGAACCCCGCGCCAAUGAUGCGCCCUCCUUCGCAGACGUCGUCAGCGCGCCGCAGACCUCGGCGACAGCCACGCGAUCCAGACGACCUGCUGGCAAAUACACCUUGGCAUGGGCUCUGGCCACAGCACGCAGCGGACUAAGAAAGAUGAUUGUUAUGAUACCCUGGAGUCGUAUGGCGCGAAUCAUAUGGGCAGUGCGUCACUGACCCGUGGGCUUGUUCUUGAUAUUUGCUGGCUAGAGCACGAUAAUUCAGCGUGAUGUGUCUGCUUUUUGUUUUUUGUUUUACCCUGAGCAAGGUUUCAAGUCUUGCAUGCAUGGGAGGCAGGCGUCCUGGUUCUGGUUCAAAAGGCACGCUCUACAAAAGACUACGGUGAGAGCAGCCCCCGACCCUUGAGGUCGCCGGCCCUCAUCAGCCCGGAAAACUUGGGGUGCAUCUGGACACUAGUGUACAACAUCGUCCUGCGACUUUGAUAGACAUGGAUGAGCCGAUGCCGUCCAUAUGACGAGAUACGAAAUAUCACUCUUCACCAGAACCAGCCCAGUCAUGCUCCGCUAAAGCCCUGCAGAUGCUGCCCAUGCUGCGGUGGACGAAUGACUGUGGACAGAC